GUUUAAAAAAGAAAGAAAAAAAAUGAUACAUUGUCUGACACCCAACUCACUGAUGAUGACGAUGAUGGCACCAGCCCGACUUUCUUAUUUGUAAACACUGGUGCUCGCCUCGUAGUGUUGUGACAGCCGCUGCCUUCAUGGUGACUGCCUAAAAGAAGGGGAGUGAGUGAGCACCAGGAUGGCCACCGCGGAUGUAAUAAGGGAGGCUGCCUUGUACCUCGAAUAUUUCCUGAAGGGAUUGUCAGAAUGUAGUGUUAUCGGGAGCUACACGGUACAGUUCCUGGAGACGAGAGGCUUCAGUCCCCGCCUGCAGAGUUCCCUAGCUGCUCAUCUUCUGCAACUCAUCUCCAAUAUGAAGAGUUUAUUGGUAAAAAUAGAUGAGUCUUUUAGCCCAUUUUGUAAUGCUGAAAUUCAGACUGAUGAAAUCAGUGAAUGCUCUUUGUGUAAGUGUCAGGAGUCCCUCAUCACUCCCAUGAAGUCUCCUUCUAUGGAGGACACCAAAGUGGAGUUGGAAUCUGGUUCACAAGGAAAAGGUUAUGAACCACCAGAGUUGGUGCAGCUGUUGUCAUCAUCACCUCUGAUCCACCUGAAGCAGGAGAUCACAUGUGUGCCUGAGCCUGUCUCCUCCAGCUCAGCACAUUGUCCAGGAGUGGAGAUGACCAUAAGUGACAUAGAUAUUAAGGAGUUAAAGACAAAGAACACCUUGAAAUUGCAUGAAAAUAAUGACUGCUCAAGUUCCCAAAUUGGCAAGUGUGUGCUCACUUCCCCACUGAGUGUCGGGACACCCCUGGAACACAUGGAGCUGGACUAUGUGACUUCAGCUCACCUAGAUGAGGAUGGCACAGGAGAGAUUCUUCUACAUGAUCUGGAAGGUUCAGAGGUUGCAUCAUCAGACGGCUUGAUGUACUCUGUGUACACUAUGAACCCAGGCGGAUCUUUGCAACUUGUCAGCAGAGUCCUCAGUAAGACUUCUAUGUCCAAAGAUGCCUCAGAAGACCAGACAGAAAAAACAGUUAUCAAGACAAACACCAUGAAAGAUACCCAAGAGACAUCUCCCCAAGUUGAGACCCUCAGUGUAGGAAGCAUGCAUGCAGAAGGGACAGAGGGAAGCCAGGAAGAAAUGGUGGUGGCUCCAGAUAUUUCUAGUUUUGAUGAAACACAGUUCAAGAGGCCAAAUGACAUCAAAACUUCUAAAAAGACAGUGUCAUCCCAGGGGAGUCCUGCAGGAACUAUACUCACAGACAUUGUCAGGCUGGGACCUGAAGAUCUUGGCAGUGGAACUUGGUGCAGCAUCUGUGAGAAAGAAUUUCCUUCUGCAGGAAGUCUUAAAGUCCAUCUGUCUCGAGCUCAUAGUCAGAUCAAGUGGUGUCUUACCUGUACAAAGACAAUGAAUUCUGAAGAGGAGAUGUGUGACCAUGUUCGAGAGUGUCACAGUGACUUGCCCUUCAUCUGCGUGGUGUGUGGUCAGACUCUGAGGACAAAUGCUGCUUUCCAGAGACAUAUGGACAUCCACAAAGGCCUGCGAGGAAGUGCAUGUGAGAUUUGUGGACAGACAUUUUCUAGAACCGAAUAUUAUCGUGAGCACAAGAGGAUCCAUACAGGCGAGAAACCUUAUGAGUGUGAGACGUGCAAGAAAGCUUUCAGCAGGUCAAGCAACUUGUAUGCUCACAUGAGGAUUCACAAUGAAGGACAGCGACACAUGUGUGAUGUGUGCAUGAAAUCCUUUGCACGAGCAGACAAGUUGAAGGACCACAUGAUACGACAUUUGCAAAUCAAACGGUAUGCAUGCCGCCUGUGUCCCAAGGCUUACAAUGAGAAGAGGGAUCUGACCAAGCACCUGGAGAAGAUACACGCCGGCCAUGCCAACGUAGAAAACAGACAGGAGUUUAUAAUAGGGAACUAAAGUUUAGUUCUAAUUUUUAGAGGCAAAUCUCAUAUCACCUGUGAGUGGAGUCAGUCUCCAUGCCCUUACAGGAGUAUAUAAAUGAUUCACAGGGUAUGCACCAAACUUCCUUUGAAGUGCCACAGUAGCCAGGGAGUUGUGAGUGGCUGGAGGCAGCUGUACCCCUCAUAAGGAUGAGUAUUGCCAUCAUCUUUGUACAUAUCUGACUACACAUCUGCUGAAAUGUUUUAGGAAGGAUGACCACAAUAGAUCUCCAUGUGCUCCUGAUAAUAUACCUCAUUGUUGCACAAUGAAAUUCUCUCUCUCUCUCUCUCUCUCUCUCUCUCUCUCUCUCUCUCUCUCUCUCUCUCUCUCUCUCUCUCUCUCUCUCUCUCUCUCUCUCUCUCUCUCUCUCUCUCUCUCUCUCUCUCUCUUGUAUACUGUAUUCUAUCAUUUUAUAAGAGGCUGUUCUCAUACCCCUCACUAAAAUUCAUCUUACUCUUGUACCUUUCUCAUCUCAUUUUCAACCAUUCUUUCCAAGUGACCAAACCAUCUCAGGGUGCUUCAUUUCAUCAUCACCAGACAGUCAAGAAUAUGGGUUGGAUGCUGCAAUAAUUGGUCUGUCUUGAAGGAUGAGGAAGUUAAAGACCAAUUCGCCAAGUUGGCCAGGGAAGGGAGAAGAAAUCCAAAGGUGGUGAACACUAAAGUCUCCAGGAAUAGAGAUCUUCGUGAUUGGGAAGUGUGCCAGGAUGUGCUCGACUUUCGAUGUUAAAUAGUAAAAGAAAUUUCUGUAGGUACUAGUUGAUUUGUAAUGCACAGCAGAAAAACAAAAUAUGGAACCAUCUUUGUAAGAGAGGUGAUCAGAAAGUAAUGACAGUUGGACUUGUUGCAGAGAGAGCAUGAGACUUGAGAGAGAGGGAAGUGAGGGGCAUCAAGUGUUGCCUAUUAUGAAUCAUUUGAAUUUAUAGCUACUUGGCUGGGUUUCAUUUUCUCAUUGCACUGUGUGAUUGUGUCAGUGUUGGUUUCAUUCCCUCACCAGAAACACAGAUUUCUCGAAAGAAGGUUCUACUUGUAUUAGCUGGAAAAUUGGCAAAAAAAGCAACAGAGAUCAGAAGGGAAUUAUUGCAAGUUACUCCCAAGUCUACUCCAUCACUGGAAAUAGUUUCCCCACUAGAUUUGAGGUUUCACAACUGGAAAAAUUCAGUUGGAAGAUGACCAUCACUCUAGAUGCCAUUGGAUAUUUGUGACAGAAGCAACAAUGAUCUUUGCUCGGGCCAUCAGUGACGAAGAUCCUCGAUUCUUAUCCUUUGAGCUUGGUGUCAGUUAUAAGAGUGCAGAUGACAUUGUGCUUGAACAUUUAGGACUGAGGAAGAAGUGUGCUUAAUGGUUACCCCAUUUGCUAACAUAAGAGAAGAGCAAACAGGUGUGGUUUUGUCAUUUUUAGGUGGCUGAAUUUGAGCCAAAUGGUCCAAAAAAAUGCUCAGAUAUUGCUACUGGCAAUGAGUUGGAUUUCUUUUUUCAUCACCAGAGACAAACAGUUCAGUUUGGUGUGGUUGAGGGAUGAAAAGCUUUGACCUCUGAUUUUUUUUAAAGAAGGCUGAAUACCAUGACUGCUUCAUGUAGUGGCAAAGGAGGAUGGAAUGCUGCAUAGAGGUAGGAGGAGAGUACUUUGAAGGAAUGUAGGCCACUGUGCUAUCAAAAUAUAUGGUCUCAUGGUCAUUACUUUUUGAUCUCCCGUCAUAGUUUCUUGUAUUGACCAAGAGAAAUACAACUUGGGAGCACCUUGGUAUAUCAGAGCCAGACCCAAGAUGUGAAGGAGGCUGUGGACCUCUUAGGCUGUGAGUGAGGACUGCCUGCCUAGGUGAUCUCAACUGCCUUUGGAACUUGCUUUACUGUGCAAGUGUUGAAAUUAUCUUCAUGUAUCACUAAUAUAAUGCUAUAAUAAAGCUGAUUUUUCUUAAACAGAUAAUACAAGAACAAAAUAAAAAUCCUGUAAUGAAAACUAGAAGCAAACCUUGCAAUGGCAAAUGUAGCAGAACUAUUGAGUCUUCAUUCAUGUGGUUCCUUUUCAAUAUGGAGAUGUUUGAAUCUCUGGCAAAUUUAUCCAUCAAUUUAUGUAUGAUUAGAAUAUCGUGAAUGUAUGGUAAGAAAAAAUUAAUAAGAAAAUAAUGCCUAGUUUAGAAUUUGUAAUUAAUGUAUUACUUUGAAUAUCAAAUUAUAUGACUAAAUAGACUAAGUCACCUCUCAUCAGUGACACAACACUGCUGAGAGGUAGAUGGUAAUAAAGGAUUAUCAAGGUUAAGCUGCAAGGAAGACCACAAAGAUUCAACAAUUGUUUGAAGUGUUAAAAGAAUUUAUUGUAUAGAACUUUAUUUUCACUUUUGUGGGAUGCCCUAUUUUUCAAAAUCUUGUGGCCUUAACAGAAACAGGUUAUUCUUACAUGAAAGGCCAGUUACGAUUACUUACUUAUACAACUUAUUUGUACCUAUACCUAUAUUUGAUUAAAUACUAAUAAAGAUUAGCUUAACCUC